CUCACCUUGACAACGCCUCGCAGUAACAUUUAUAAAGCCGAGCAGUCAUGGAGCAAUGAGCCAUCUUCUUCCCCUAUCUUACUCUUUGCGAUAUCACCGAGGCCCUCAGCAUGCCCGAGCAUGCUCGCGGCACUCAACCUCCUAACAUCGCGCUGGGCGGGCACCAGGGUGAGCAUAACGUAGGGAUCAGGCCACGACUACGAGUCAUCACGAAUAACGUCCCGGGACGUAUGAGCGAAGACGCACUCGGUUCGCGGAUCGAGGAUACCCCUGACUUUCCUGCGUCUCCAGCGGACGACGACGCGACGCUUGUGUCGGAGGAUGCUUCUCCGAUCGAUCAAACUUUCCCUAGCUUCUCCGAGCGCCGUAACAGGCGAAGAAUGCCCGUUACUGUCACCUCAUCCGUAUGGGUCGAGGUCAACGCCGCCGACGUCCCCCAGACCGCGACGCCCAAUCUGACGUCAAGUAUGAGAGGUUCGGGGGAAAUGGAAAGUGAAGUUAGACGCUGGGCAAGGCGUCACAAUCUGCCUGGAUCUCUGCAUUCCAUGGACACUCCACGACCCGAGCAAACAUUCACAGUUAACAAGGCGGCCACCAGACACAGGCGGACAUUCACGGGCAACAAGAUUUUGACCGGUCCCGCGGAUGUCUUGCGUACAGGUCAGAUCUCGCGUCUCCGACGCGCACGAUUUCGGACUGCCAUCCCGCCCUCGCUUAGUGUCGACUCUCUGGAGUCGUUCCUCAACAUGCCAGCGACGCUUAAUAAGAAGUCACGAUCCGCUCACGAUGCUAUGCUUGACUCUAUAUGUAACAUUAACUUUGAUCUCGAUACCCAUCCUUCUGUAUUACUAUCUUCUCCCAGGAAAACGACCCACGACAAUGCAAGUACCCAUGUAGACCGACUCAAAGCCAGUGCUGGAAAGCUAUGGUCCAGCCUCCGAGCUCGUUUGCGGGUUCGAGACAGAAAGCAACCCUCAGCGCCAGACAACGGCGAAACGGAGAAGUCGUCGGAAUCAGCCCCGAAGGAGCCUAAAGAACGCCGUAGGCGUCAAUUCCCCUUCCAGCUCCGCUCUCGCGCCGUCACAGUGUUCACAGCAAAAAUGACAGAGCGUUUGUAUGUCGCUCCUGAAACAUCCGAGACUAAGCACGAUGAUGAGUCGGACGACGAAGAGGACGAGAAAGGUGGACAGCGGGUUGGAAGCCCUUUGCGCGCGAAUAGGGUUGAAGUUGUGGCGUCUCCGAGCAAUCGUGACCAGGCAGGCCAUGGACACUGGGAAUGGGUCGACGACGAUGCGGUACACGACAAGUAUUCGUUCUGCUUCUGCUUUUUGUAAGAUAGUACGUGAUGACCGUGCGUCUGAGCCGGCCGCUAUACCCCUCUAUACUGAGUAGUCACGACAGAAUGGGCAUGUGCUCUUUGGAUUUUUGACGGUACCUUUGUUCGUUUCUGAGAUAAUUAAUAUGGUUCUCAUCC